AUGAAGAUUACUACCAAAUCUGCUGCCGCCCUCGUGGCCAGCGCCCUGAUCCCAUCCGUCUCUGCCCACUCCUGGGUCGAAUACGCCAAGAAGCUCGCGAAGAACGGCACUAUGGUUGGCGAGACCGGCUACCCUCGAGGAUAUGUCCCCCGAAACUCCACCGACCCCGUCUACUCCGACUCUCUUCCCCAGAACAUUCUCCCGGUUUCGGGCCAGUCUUACUACUCCGGCAACGAGAUUCUCAACAAGUACCAGUUGGAGAAAAACCCCGAGUUUCCCAUGCUAGAAGCCGCCGCUGGUGAUUACAUCGCCCUCAUGCACCUCGAGAACGGCCACACCACGCUCCCCCAGAACCAACCCAACAAACCCCGAAACCGUGGCACCAUCUACUUCUACGGCACUACUGAGCCCAAGGAACAGGAGAAACUCUUCGACGUCCACCUUCUCUGGAACAAGAAUGGCACUGGUGGUGAUGGUCGCGGCACACUCCUCGCCACGCGCAACUACGAUGACGGCCAGUGCUAUCAGACCAACGGAGGCGUGAUCAGCACCGACCGUGCCAGCGAGUUCUCUGACCAGGGCGCUGUGCAUGACCAAGAGCUUGCCUGUCAAUCCGACAUCAAGCUGCCCAAUAACCUGGCUGCUGGCGACAUCUACACCAUCUAUUGGUACUGGGACUGGCCCGACCUGAACUCGGCCGCCAUCGAUAUUGACGCUACCACUAACGGCAAGUUCCCCUGGGCGGGCACUUUCAUGCGCGGCGAGAAGGAUCCCAAUGGCUUCACCAUGGCUGCUAUCGCCCGCAAUGAGAGCUAUUCAAGUGUCAUUGACAUCAAAAUCACCGGAGCCAGCGCCGAUUCGUUCUCUGCCAAGGGCUCCACGGCCUUGGACUAUGUUCCCGACCAGAACAUCUACUCUGUGGGAAUCAAGGCGCAGAUGGAGAGCAACUUCCAAGUCGAAGUUGACGAGAACAGCGGCGAUGGGGGCAACAGCGCUGCUCCCACUGGGAUCACCAAGACGACUGAGAUUCCCGCACCGACCACGAGUGUGCCGGCAGAUGGAGGAUCAGGCGAUGGUGUCGCGACGGUGACUGUCACGCAGACGGUCCGACCUCCUGCUUCCGUGACAACAGUUUAUGUCACUGUGCCUGCUGCUGAGGCUACUACCAAGGCGCCCAUGAGCACCUCGACAACCACCAAGACUCUUCUGGUCACUCGGUCUGUGACAUCGGGUGCUUCUAAGUCGGUAGCCGCUCCGUCCUCGACAUCGACCGUCACGCAGACUCUCACCACCCACAUCAACGCCACCCCUUCUUCCCAGUCAACUUCGACGUACGUCAAGACCUUGACUACCCAUAUCUCGUCUCCAAAGUCCACUCCGCGGUCCACUUCAACCGUCUUCAAGACCUUGACCACUCACAUCACACAUCCCUCGGCGACGUCGGCGACCUUCCCAGGUGGCCAGUUCCGAGAGACUCCCAUUCCUGCCGACAGUUCGGCAGCGACAGCCACUAGCUCCGGCGGAGCUAUUGUGCCCACUCCCUUCAUGCGUCGACGCGGGUCUUGGGCUUUUGGUGCUUUUUAA